CUCUGAUUUAUUUGACCAAGGAAGUUACGUUACAUGUAGUUCACGCUCAAAUACUAGAGUUCAUUGAAAUCAGUCAACUAUAUAAGAGACAGAUAAUCAUUUUGAUAUCAGUCUGAAAUAUAAAAUCUAGAAGAUAAGAGGAUUAACACUGAUACAGGACUUGUUUGUUACUAUGCAUUACAACGCUUUAAUGUUGAUGUUACUGACCGCGCUAUGCUCUAUCCCCGACUCCCUUCAACAUGGUUAUAUGAUAGACCCUCCAUCACGAUCCUCACUGUGGAGGGUGAAUGAUAAAGCACCCCCUAACUAUAACGACAACAGACUCUACUGCGGCGGGAGACAAAAAAUUCAAGAACUGGGUGGAUUAUGUGGGCCGUGUGGGGAUCCAUACGAUGGUGAACGCGAAAACGAGGCUGGUGGAAAAUAUGCUCUUGGAAUAAUUUCGAAAAAGCUGCCUGAUGGAGCUGACAUUCUGGAAACAAAAGUAGUUAUAACGGCAUUUCAUAAAGGAUACUUUGAGUUUAGAAUAUGUGUGAACAAUGACGUUACUAAGAGAGUGACGCAAGAAUGUCUAAAUGAGAAUCUUAUGACCAUUGUGGAAGGCGAUGAUCAGUUCCCCACGCGAUUCUACCCUCCCGGUCCCGGAGAUCACGUGGUACACGUAAACCUACCAAACGGAAUCAAAUGUUCCCAGUGUGUUGUACAGUGGAGGUACAGAACAGGAAACAGCUGGGGUAGAGAUCUUGAUGGCACAGGUUGUCUCGGUUGCGGAGUACAAGAAGAAUUCCGUACCUGCUCCGACAUCAGCAUUGGUGCUGGCGACGGUAAAGAGCAAUAUAGUCAAAAUAAUCAAGAACUUGUGGACCCCCUUGUUACAGAAAAUAACAUGCAGCCGAGAGUUAAAACCCUUAGAAGCUUCAUACCAAAAUUUCAAAAUAAAGUCCAAAUUCCUCCUGUACCCCCGACUCCUGCUCUCACAGUCCGCACAACUCAAAAACCGGAAGUCCGCAGACUGACUCUCGAUCACUUGUUGAAACCCAAAAUCAACAUUGACAAUUCCAGACACCGAGGAAGACCCAUUAAACCAAAACCUAGAAUCACUUUUCUAGAAAGCACCACAACGGAGAGACCUGUUAUCGAACCUACAACAUCAACGAAUUUAAUGAAAACCCGCCUUAUGCAGCUUCGAAAGCUCAAGAGAUUAGCUGCCUUAGCUAUACAAAUGAAAUCUCUGCUCAAUACACUGCGUCAUCUUCCUGUGUUCAAAAAUCUAAAUCUUGGUAAAUUAGACGAAGAAAUUGUACAGCAGAGAGAUGCUCCUUGGAACAACUUAGUCAAGCCAUCAGACAAAAAGACGAUAACAAAAGUGAGGUCGUUUCCUUGGCAGUCCGGUCUAUCACUGAAUGAAAUUAAAUCAAAAACGAAUCGGAAACCAGUGCAGAGGAGCAGAAGUUCCGCACACAUACUCAGCAUCCCUCCCGCUAAAGGAAGCCCAAAAUUUAAUUUCCCUGUCCUUCCUCCCCCAAGCCGUUUUCUGGGGGGCCAGUUCAGAAGAGAGAAGACACGUACAGUAACAUUAGGCUCAGAAAAAGACGACGCACAAGUUACAGAAUCUCUACCAAUUACAAAGGAGAAAAAUACGAAGGAGAACAACUUUACAAUAUAUAAAAAUGAAUUCAAUGUUAUAAGCCCGGAGUCUUUGGAGGGAGAGACCAGCAUUGCCGACUGGUACAAAAAGAUUGUCAAACUGAUGGUCCAAAAACAGUACCCAGUGUCAGAAAUCAAAAAAAAAGUCGAAAGACUCCAGCAGAUUAAAGAUGUUCAUAAAACAAAACCUACAGUAAUGUUAGAGAGUCUUCAAAACUCAGACGUAUCUGUAACAAAAACUGAAUUCCCCCAAAAUGCUCUCUCAGACAACAGUUUAUCUUCAGCGUUACCAACAUUACAACCAACAUCGUCAACAGACAUAAAUAUGGUCUACCCCAAAAUGGACAAUACACCAGCGGUAGAAAACAGAAACGCAGUAUACCCGGAGGCAGACCAAAGGCCGCUUAUCGCAUCCUCGUCACAAAAAGCCCGCGACAUUAACGCCAUUCCACCAAACAUUAACACCGUGAGGCGGCAUGUUGAGUCCGGUGGCCCCUCUGUCAGUAAUCCGUACGUGGAUUAUUCUGAAGACAACCAGCUUACUCCAGCAGAACGGCGGCCAUUAACCUCCAAGCUGAGGAACUUCCUGGAAUUCAACCCAGAAUUCAGAAUUCCCUUCGGAGCUGUCUUCCACUAAUGGAAUGUAAAACUGAUGAUUUCCGAGUGACAUACAUUGUAUUAUAAUUGUUUUCAGUUUAUAUUUAUUUUUACAUGGCUUUUUGUAACUUUAUUUAUGAAUCGAGAGUGUGGUGCUUUUUUAUACAUUGUUUACUUGUCAUUCCUGUUGAGUCUGCUUUUAGUCACUUCCCGUGAUUUGAAUCAACUGUGAUGCACUUAUUUAUUAUUAUUUAUUCGCUACCGUUUAAC